CGUUUACUGUGGCCUAUAAAGGGAAGAGUCCCUGUGUACCUGUAGUGCACUGCCGAUGAAAAGGGAGAGAGACAAUGGACACCAUGGGAGAUCUUCACGGGGAUAACCCAAGGGCGAAUGAAAGCCCGGCCCGUUCCGCGCAGCCCUCGGGCCUGAGCCUGCCCGUAGAGAGGCACCUGAGCUGCCCCAUCUGCAAUGACCUGUUCUUGGAUCCCGUCACCACCUGCUGCGGCCACUCCUUCUGCAAGGCCUGCCUGAACCGCAACGCCAUCGACAACAGCUGCCCGACCUGCAAGCAGCACUUCAGCCGCAUCCCCGAUGUCAACGUCGUGCUGCAGGGAAUCCUGCAGGACCUGCCCCAGGCCCGGCUGGAGGCCAGGGGCCAAAUGGCCGAGGGGAGGCCCCGAGAGGUGGUCUGCGACGUCUGUAUUGGGCCCGGGGCCCGCAGGGCCCUGAAGUCGUGCCUGGUGUGUCUGAUGUCGUACUGCCGGGCCCACCUCGAGUGCCACGACAGUAGGAACCGCCUGAGGGGCCACAGGAUGGUGGCGCCUGUGGAGAACCUGGACGACAGGGCCUGCCCGGAGCACGGGCGGCCCCUGGAGCUCUACUGCCGCGGCAGCGGCCGCUGCAUCUGCGUGCUCUGUUUGGAGGAAGGGCUGGAGGUUGUUUCCAUGGAGACGGAGUGGGAGGAGAAAAGGGGCCAGCUGAACAACCUCGAGGGAGAGUUUCAGGGGGGGAUUGCGAGACGGCAAAACAAGCUGCAGGAAAUCCUUUCCUCGAUCAUGGUUUCCCAGGAUCACUUAUGUAGCGAGAGGACGGAUAUCGACGGCAUUCUGUCAUCCCUCAUUUUCUACCUGGAGAACGCCAAAAGACAUGCUCUCCUGCCCAUGGACGAGAGGAGUCAGGCGGUGGAGAGGCAGGCCGAGGAAUUGAAGGAGCAGCUCAACAACGAGAUAGGGGAACUGCGGAAGAACAUCUCGGACCUGAGCCGCAUUUCUGACACAGAGGAUCAUAUUUACUUCCUACAGAAUUUUCCAUCCACCCAGGACCUAGAUGAGGAAAACAACCUAACAGAGGUAGCACUCGAUGCGUCCACCUCCUUCGGCACCUUCCGAAGUAUCAUAAAAAACCUGAUGGAUGAAAUUCUCGACAAACUGGAGUUAUUGACUCCAAUCGAACUGCAGAGGAUCGUGAAGUUUGCAGUGGACGUGAAGCUAGACCCCAGCACCGCUCACCCACGCUUAAUCAUAUCCGCUGACGGCAAGGAGGUACAAGGUGGCGGUGGGCUUCAGGUAGUACCCAUGGGUGCUCAAAGGUUCGACUUGUACUCAUCCGUCCUCGGCCGGAACCGACUGACAUCCGGCAAGGCCUACUGGCAGGUUGAGGUCGGCGACAAGUUGGGUUGGGUUCUAGGCGUAACGACGUCGACCUCUCAACGGAUAGGGAGGCUUGUGUUCCAGCCCGACGCCAACUACUGGGUGAUAACACAUUACGAUGGUGAGGGCUACGUGGCAAUGACGGCCCCGCCCAAAAAGCUGGCCCUCAUAGCCAAGCCCAAGAUGGUAGGCGUCUUCCUGGAUUACGAGGACGGCCUCGUGUCCUUCUACGACCUGACGUCCUCCUCGCACAUAUUCUCGUUCACGGCGUGCGUAUUCAGUGGCGAGCUCCGCCCCUAUUUCAGUCCCCAUAAUGAGUUGGAGGAAAGCCGGCCUCUGGUCAUCACUGCGGUGUAGGACCAGCUCUGGAAUGAUUACUAUGCUAGUGUAUACCAAAUAUACUGUAUAUGUAAACAUAGAAAAUACACAUGGGUGGGUUUCAAACUGUGUCUCCACCCAUUGGUAGCAGUUGGGGAUUAUUAUGGCGGCGGGACGUUCAUUUUCAAUGCAAAUAUUCAUAUUCAAUGCAAAAUAUAUAAAGAUGAGUUUCAUUAUUAUGUUUGAAGCCCGAAACCUGGAACAAUGUAACGAUGAAAAAUAUGCAUAGAGAAAUAACUACCACCUUUGUAAUGGUGAUGGGAAUGCGGUGCUUAUUAUAUUUUUGGGGUUCCGGGUCAUAAGCAGUGGUGGGUAAAGGCAUUUAAUCAUAUUGGAAAUGUUAUUCUACAUCAACCCUUGUGGUCAAGCAAGGUCUAGGUUUGGUAGCAGUUGGGGAUUAUUAUGGUGGUGGGACGUUCAUAUUCAAUGCAAAAUAUAUAAAGAUGAGAUUCAUUAUUAUGUUUGAAGACCGAAACCUGGAACCGUGUAACGAUGAAAAAUCCUGGAACAGUGUAACGAUGAAAAAUAUCCAUAGAGAAAUAACUACCACCUUUGUAAUAGUAAUGGAAAUGCGGUGCUUAUUAUAUCUUUUGGGUUCUGGGUCAUAAGCAGUGGUGGGUAAAGGCAUAUAAUCAUAUUGGAAAUGUUAUUCUACAUCAACCCUUGAGGUCAAGGAAGGUCUAGGUUCUUAAUAGCUUCAUAAUGACUUAAUGUCUUAUUGUUGGGAUAGGGAUUGUAAAACUUUGUUCAAUAUACAUUCCUGAUGCACUUAUUCACCUAAUGCAGUUUUCUAUGUCUAACGUGCAUCAAAUGUGACUUUGUAUACUUCAUUCUGUAAGUUUAUAGUAAAUCUGGUUUUUGGGAAUUUCCUUAAUAAAAUAAAUAUCAUUGAUUGUACAUCGUUUGUUAAGCUUGUAUCACAUCAGCCACAUUAAAAGAGCUUUAUAUAUUAGCUUUUAAACAUAUAACACUCGAAUCAUGCAAGAAACGACAUCAGUCGAUUUUUUAAUAUUUUUUUAUCCAAGUAAAAUGUUGUUCUGAAAACAAACAGCAAUGUAUUCUGCAAUUGUUCGAGUAGUCUCCUACUUAAUUUAAGACCAUGUCCAGCUAUGUUUAGAAAAUAUUACUGUACUUUGUAUCUUCUCACUCCAUCUGGUCGUGAAAGAUGUGUUGGUUAACCGAAUUGGACUAAAUUAAGUUAUAGAGUUGAUGUGGGUUCUUCGACUGAAUUUAGCUUGUAAUCAUAGGCCAGUUGGGUUGAUGUAGAAAACGAACAAAGGGCAUAAACGUGUGUGUACAUUUUAACCCGACACUUUAGCGGUAGAAGUUACCGAUUUUCCAGUGACCCUUAAAAUAUCCAGCUACACGACAAAAACAGUGCUAUCGAAAGUCACUAUUGUUUCUCUUGUUGUGAGGCCACACAAACGAGAGGAUUGGCAAUUUAGAAAUUUGAGAUGGUGAACAUUUAGACAACAUCGUCAUCAUCAUCGUCAUCGUCAUCAUCAUCAUCAUCGUCAUCAUCGUCAUCAUCAUCGUCAUCGUCGUCUUCAUCAUCAUCAUCAUCAUCGUCAUCAUCAUCAUCAUCAUCGUCGUCAUCAUCAUCGUCAUCAUCGUCGUCAUCAUCGUCAUCAUCAUCAUCGUCAUCAUCAUCAU